AUGGAUACAAGCUUAAAUCGUAGUUCAAACAAAAAAAGAUAAAUAAAACAAACCUUAAAAACUUAAUCAUAAAAAAGCCGUCGAGAAUAAUUAAAUUCAAUAUCAGUUUCGACUAAUUCUAUUAACAAUUAAGGAAUGUCAGCAGACAUGAAAUAAUGUAUGGUAAUAUUAUAAAGGCUAAAAAAGAAUGAAAAUGCUAUUCCAUUUUUAUAUAGGGUUGAUACUAUAUAAUAAAAUUGUCCUAAUUAUUAUUAAAUAAUAACAGAACCAAUGGAUUUAUCUUAAAUAGAAUUAAAUUUAAAAUUAAAUUAAUAUUAAACAAAAUCAUAAUUUGCAGCUGAUGUUAAAAAGAUUUGGAGAAACUCAUUUAUUUAUAAUCCUAAAGGAAGCUAAAUAUAUUAUAUGACAGUAAAAAUGAGUGCUUUUUUUGAAAAAUUAUUUUCUUAAAUUGAAAAUAUAUCUCCUAGAAGAAUUAAUUAAUAUUAAAAUAAUUAUAAUAAAAUUUCUUAAAAUAUUAAUUUAUUGACUAAAUAAGUAAAUGGUUUAGCUAAAACUGAAACUAAAAUUGAUAAAAUGAAUAUUCCUUUAACUAUGAAUGAAAAAAAAUAAUUGGGAACAAAUAUUAGAAAUCUUGCUCCUGAAGAUUUAAAUGGAAUCUGGAGUAUUGUUUAAGAUGAUAAUUAACAUAAUAGUGAAGUUAUUGAAUUUGAUAUAGAUACUUUACCAAUAAAAAAAGCGAGGAAAUUAGAAUAAUAUGUAAAAUAAAAGCUUUUAGAAUAUACAAAGAAAAAUAAAGGGGGUAAAUAGAUUUAAAAUCAAAGAAAUGUAUUCUUUUAAAAAUAAAUAAUAAAAAUGAAUAUAAUAUGA